AUGGGAGGAUCAUGGUCUUCAACGGUCGUUUCCGCAAUGAUGGUGUCCUCGUCGGAGUCCUUUCUUCUCUACAGCUCAACCGCUGGCAAAUGUUCAACCAUGGCGGUAGCGCCCACCGCAGUUGCAACAGCAGUCGCCGACACGGCACAUCCACCAGCGCCACCCCCAAAGCCCGUCCCUGGUGGGGACCUGCUCUCCCUGAACUUCGACGAAUUGUCACAGAUAUUGGGUGGCUCUGGGCGUGCCAAGAUGGUUUGGUCGGCUUUGAGUGCGGGCGUUGAUCCUUUCGGAGAUGCGGCGGAAUUUCUAACGGAUAAGACGGCAGCAGUGCUCAAGGACACCGUCGAACGUCUACCGUGGCAGGUGGUGCGGGAGUCCGUUUCGUCCUGCGGCACUAGGAAGCUACUGGUUCAGCUAGAAGAUGGGUUGGAGGUUGAGACGGUGGUCAUCCCGGAUCUCAGCGGUUCAAGGUCAACGGUGUGCGUUUCGAGCCAAAUAGGUUGUGCGAAGAACUGUCAGUUCUGCAUGACCGGCAAGAUGGGCUUGGUGAGGAAUCUCACCGCAGGAGAAAUCCUGGGCCAAGUGUUCUUCGCCCGGGAGACAGUGAGGGAGCAUGGGAUGCCGCCCCUAACCAACGCGGUGUACAUGGGCAUGGGAGAGCCGCUGGACAACCCGGGGGCGGUCACGCAAUCGCUGCAAGUGCUUACGCACCCAUUCGCGUUUGCGAUGGCCAAGAGCAAGAUCUCUGUGUCUACGGUGGGCCCUUCGCCUGCCGCCAUCCGCAGGAUGAAGGGCAUGCCGAGUCGCUUGGCUUGGUCUGUCCAUGCCGCUACUGACGAUGUCCGGCGACUACUCGUGCCCACGACCGUGCAUUCCAUGGCUGAAUUGAGGGAUGCUUUCGCUGAGGUGCUGCAGUCGAGAAGAAGAGAGCACCUAUUCGUCGAGGUCGUGCUCAUCGAAGGGAUGAACGACAGCCCAGAGCUGGCCAGGGCUCUGGCCUCACUAUUGAGACCGCUGCCCAUUCGGGCGGGGAUCAACUUGCUCCCUUACAACGAUACGGGGCAUCCCUUCUUUCGGGCGUCGCCAAAGGAAUCUGUCGAGGAGUUCCAGAGGGUCUUGACACAAGAGGGCUUCGUGGCAACGAUACGGACGGCGAGGGGGGACGAGGAGAGUUCGGCGUGUGGUCAGCUGGCAACGACCGCCAAUAACGAGCGUGCGCUCAAGCAGCGACAUCGUAGAAGUACCGAUGACGACAAGGCGGCGGCGCGUCCACCAUGACGAGGAUACUCGGCGAAAUGGCAUAGAAAGCAAUACCUGUAAAGUUUGGUACUUCAUAUUGGCGGCUCUUGACUCUGGGGCGGUUGCUUGGGAAUGCUUUGGAAUUCAUGCCCAGGUUUUUUGUUUGUGCCGCCUGCUUUUCGGCUGAAAAGAACAAGGAUCAAUCAGGAGAC